GCCAAGGGAGAAGCCAAAGGACGUAGUGUUGGUCAUUAUUACAAAGAGUAUGAGAGACAACUAGCAUUGAGUGCUAAAGAUCACCCUGAUGAUUGGAUCGACCACUGAAGAGAACUUGUUCACGAGUACAGAAUGCUGAGCCUUCCCCCAAAAUAAUUAUCUAAUAAAUAAAUAAUCCAGGAUGUGUUUGCUAUGUUCUGAGCGUCGAGUGGCUUGAACACUGGAUGAGAACUUGCUAUUUUGAUUGAUUCAAGUCAAAUACCAUUCCAGACUUUGAUGAAAAUAGGUCAACAGAAGUUAGAGAAAUAGAUAAUGCAUCUCUGUUUAUCCCAAAGGAUCAGUUUAUCAAUGAUGUUGAUCCAGAAAGUCAUUACAACCACAUUUUGGAAAAAGAAACGAAGCUAAACAUUGAUUACAUAAUUGUGAAUGAAAAAAUUUGGAACUUCUUUCAUUCAAGAUACGGAGGAACUACUGUUAAAAUGUUUUAUGUAUCAUCAAUUUCUUAUUCAGCAAAUCUUGGAACUAACUUGAGUGAAAUAAAGCUAAUUAUCCUCCCUCAUAAAGAAAAGUGGGAUAUUGAGAAUGUUAGCCGUCCUCUCUCAAUUUUUGCAAGCGCAAGAGACACAUUGGAUGCCCUUUUAGAGAGAAUUAUAAAUAACUUAAAUUCUGACGAAUACGGAUACAAAUUAUCAAAGAAUAAAAUCAGACUCUGGAAGUUGGCUGAAGGUCAAAGUAUUGAUGAAAUUGUAAAAGAGGUCAGUCAACAGAUGACCCUGUCUUGUCAAGAAGAUCUACUUAAAGAAAACCAGGACUCAUUUGAAGAUCAUGAGAAAGCAGGAAUUAGCUUCCCAGGAGAAUGUAUUGAAAAUUGGGGUCCCAUUUACAUGAUGGACGUUGGUCUUUUUGUACCAAAUACGUUAAUGCUUGAAGUAGCUUCUGAUAAAACUGGCAAUUUUCUCUUCGAAUACGAGAAGACAAAAGUUCUGAGGUGAGGAAAAUGAGAGUAUUGCUUUUUACGCAAACCUCUCAUUAUUCAAUGUCAAUGAGAAGAAGUUCAAUAUUGUUCUGAGUGAUGUCUGAAAAAAGAUGUGAAAUUCCACAUCGAUAAAUGAAAGGCUCAGUAGAUUUCGUGUAUAUAAGCUAGGACAUGCUGUGUAGUAAUCUAUUUAUCAGAAUUCAUGGUCUUACCUUAAAAAUCAUUUUGAAUUUCAAGUGUGUCAAAGCUUAUCAUAAAUUAUAGCAAAUAGUGAUUGAAAAGUAUUUACUUAAUUUUCUAAGCCACUCAAGUCACUCCAAAGAAUGAUUAACCUGACUUCUGCUGUUCUUUGAUAAGGCUGGUGAAAAGUUAGUAUCCACAUAGUCAGAAACAAUAUCCAAUAGCAUAAAAAUAUCUCUCAACAAACCUCCUAUUAUGUUCAGCAGCCUAAUUUGUUGGGCACUGUUUCUGACUCUGUAAAUUCUACCUUCUCACCAGCCUCAUUAAAGAACAGCUGAAAUUGAUUUACCCUUUCAGCUAUAUUUAUUGAAUGUCUUGAGACAAUUAAAUAAAUAAUUUUUAAGAUUAUUUACUACCAUA